AUGACGGAUGAGUACAACAAGAUGAAGAUCGUCGUGCAGCACAAAGACUCCAUCAUGGACCAGCUGAGGAAGGAGACGGACCACGCCAAGCUACAGGUCAGAGAGCUGACGGAGCAGAUUCAGAGCUGGGCAGAGGAGGAUGACCCGGUCAUGGCAGCCGUCAAUGCCAAGGUUGACGAGUGGAAGAGAGUGCUGGCUGGGAAGGAUGAGCAGAUCAUGGAGUACCAGCAGAUGACCCGUGAGCUGAGAGACAAGCUACGCUCAGCCCAGAUGGACACGGACAAGAGCAACAUCAUCGCCUUGCAGCAGUUCAGUCUCAAAGCUGUGCAAGAGCGGGACAAUCAAAUCAAGAUGUUGACAGAGCAAGUGGAGCAGUAUACGUGGGAGAUGGAGAGAAAUUCCCUGCUCAUAGAGGAACUCAAGAAGCCCCUGAAGAAAGACAGAGGUUUGCCAUCAGCCAUCCAGCAGAGGAACCUGGACGAGCUAAAUGCUAAGCUGCAGGCCACUGAGACAAGAGCACGGGAGGGAGAACGUGUGGCCGAGCUAGCCGAGACAGACGCCAGGGACAAAGAGCUCAGUGACACCCUAAACCACAUGAGACUCUACGAGUCUGGCACUGAUGGUCUGCAGGUGGCCAUCGCUGAGAUCAAAGAGUGUAAGAAUCAGAUGAGAGUGCGAAACCGCGAGGCGGAGGCCAUGACUACAGAUAUCAACCAGAUGGAAAUGAGAAUCAACGACCUCUUGGACGAACGUCUGGAGCCCAAAGAGGAAGUGGAUCUGACGGAAUUCAGAAGAACCGAAUCCCUGAAACAGCGGCAGUUCAAAGCAGAGAACCAGGUUCUCACCAAAGAGAACAAGCAGCUGGAACAAGUUAUGAAGGAGAUACUUCAGGCAAUCCAGGACACUCAACAGAAAAACCCCUCUUCACAAGCUGCUGUCUUCGGUCUGGAGAGGCUGGUCCAUGCCAUGAUGAAGAACUCUGAUGGGAAGUUUGACGCCAGCCUUCACCUGAAGGCCCAGGUAGACCAGCUGACAGGAAUGAACGACGAGAUCAGACCGGAAAUGAGGACCCUGAAUCUCCCCGACGACAUGGCCCCAUCCAGCACUGAGAUCAUCAGCUCUCUGAAUGAGUUUGCCAUUCGACUGUUACAGGAGUUCAAAAACGAGGAGGAGUCAAGCCAGCAGCUGGUGGCAGCCUUGGAGGAGUACAAGGGGAAGUUUGCUGUGAGGAUCAUCUCUACAAGGAGCACCAAAGGUACAGUAGACCAUGAGAAGGAGGCCUGGCAGAAGGAGAGACAUACUUUCACAGAGAUGAAGAACAAGCUAGAGGAGCAGAAGGAGGUGGACAGUGAAGAUCAAAGAGUUCAAUCACUGGCUGGAGGCACUGCAGAAGGAUCCAGAGGAGCUGUGGAGGCAGGUGGCAGGAUGACGGUGCUGCGUGUGAACGAGAAGACCCUGACACAUCGUUACACCACCCUGCUGGAGCAGGAGCAGCACCUCCGCAAGAACAGCAACCUGAACAAUGACUUCAGCACCAUGCAGGCCUCCGUCACACAGAGGAUAGGAUACCUGAUCAGAUACAAGGGUGAGAAUGUGUCCCUUGGUGAGCACAUUUCUGCCCUCAAUAAAGAGCUGGAGAUUACCAAGGAGGAACUCCACACUCUGGAGCAGGCAUGGGAGCACACCAACACAUUAAGUAUGCAAAGCAUGGACAAAGCAGCGAAGGCGGUGUCCAACAGUGAGAUUGUUUCUGCCCCCGGAAGGAUCACCAUGCUGGAGAUGAAGGAUCAGAAUGCGCGGCAGAGGGCCGCCUCAGGAACUCCCUCAGAUGAACACCUCAGGAACUCCCUCAGACAGGUGGAGGAGCGCAACGUGGAGCUGGAGACCAAGUUCACCGAGGCUAAAGAGCUGUGCGACUCCCUGGCGAACGGUGGCACCGUCGACCAGGAGCAGUUAAUGGAGCUAAGUCACCUUGCCAACCAUACCAAAAGGGUGUCUGAGAAGGAGAUGGGAAAGAUCCUGAAUGGACAGAUCGAUCCCACCAGACUAUUUGGACCAGCCAUAUCGGAGAUACAGCCGAGGUUCGAUUCUAAGAAAAAGGAGACUGAGGCUCUGGGCUCCCUGUUACCAUGGAAACAAGCCCCGAAGCCCCAGAAGCCCUUGUUCGCCCAGGUCGUCACCAUGAGGCCUCCCUCCCAGAACAGGAGGAACACUAAGAAGCCUCAGCAGGGCUUCGUCAGCCAUUAUGACUUGGUCCCCAAACCCAUCCUGGAUUUACGGCACCUCCACAAGCAUCUGAGACUGACAAAGCAGUACCUGGAGACCCAGAGAACGGAGCGGGAGCUGAGAGAUGAGCUGGCCGACAGCGUGUCUAAAGACGCCAGUGAUGCCGACCGCUCCAGGAUCACCCAGCUGGAGAAGGCUGAGGCCAAACUCAGAGUGGAGGCCUCAAAGUUGAGGGAGGUAUCUGACGUGGCUAAUAUGCAGGUGUCAGCCCUGGAGGCAAGACAGCAUUCCAGAGAGAAGGAGGUAGAGGCUCUGAGGAGACAGGUCCUCGACUACCAGUCCCAGUCAGACGAGAGGGCCCUGAUCGCCAAGCUCCACCAGCACAUUGUAGCUCUGCAGCUCAGUGAAUCAGCCACUGUAGGGAAACUAGAGGCCACCACCACCCGGAUACAGCAGCUGGAGGCCUACAAGCUUCGCGCAGAACAAAAACUGGACGCCCGCGAGAAAUCGCUGAAUCAUGCUCGCCAGGAGGGCCGGAACCGAGCCAGGCAUCUCCAACAGACCAUCCAGUCUCUCCGCAGGCAGUUUGCCGGAGACCUACCCUUAGCCCAGCAGGAGAAGUUCUCUCAGACCAUGAUGCGCCUGCAGGAGGAUAGAGGGACCGUGCAGGAGGAGAAGAGGAGAGUGGAGGAGGAGAGGAGGAGGGCAGAGGGGAAGGCACAGGAGCUGGAGCUGAGGCUGAGAGGGUUAGAGGAGCUCAUAGCGAUGCUGAAGGAUGUGAAGGGAGCUCAGAAGGUGAACGAAUGGCACAAAAAGUUGGGCCGAGGCGAGGCGAGGCCGGGAGCUGGAGGUCCAGAGAGAGGAAAUCAGAUACCUGAGGAGCCUGGUGGCCGAGCAAGAGAAAACCAUCCUUUGAAGAGGCUACUGGUGCCCUGCCAGACCCCAGCCUGCCCCUGGCCCACCAGCUGGACUUUGCCUUGGGAAAAAUCAAAGAGCACCAUGCUGGAGACCCUGGCCACCUGCAAAACUCUGGAUGAGAAGCUGAAAGAGAAGGACUCAACACUGUGGAAGGCAGAGCAGAAUGUCCUCUCUAGGGACAGGGUAAUUAACGAUCUGCAUAUGCGUCUCCCUGCAGCUGCAGACAGGGAGAGACUCCUGGCAGACCUGGCCAAGCACAAGGAGGACCAGGCAGAGAGCCAACCAACCCUCAAAGUGGCCCACCAGACCAUCAACAACCUGCAGGGCCGCCUGAACCAGAAGGAGGAGGUCCUUAAGAAGUACCAGAACCUAUUGGCCCGUGCUAGACAGCAAGCCCUACCCAGAGAUGCUGCCAUGGAGGACAUGAACAUGAGGAACCUCUACCUAGAGUACAGGCUUCACUCCCUGGAGAGCCAGAUGUCCAAGGAGCCCCCCUCCAGGCCCUCUUCCAUGUCCAUAAAAAGUCUUUGUUCUCUUACAUUUGAUGUUGGUGACAGCCAUGAGAAAGACACUGUCAUGACCUCCUUAGCCAAUGAUAGCGUAGCCUCUCAGACAGAUGGCAUGUCAGCCCACAAGGAGGCUGCUGACCGCUUAGGCCAGGAGGGGGAGCUACACCCAAACCAAGAGCAGAAAGAAACCCAGACAGACUUGGAUGAAACAAAUUAUGGUGUACCUGCGGCAGAGCCGACAGAGAAACCAAGCAGGGCUGAGAGUGGAGAACAGGAAAGAACAGAUGUGACUGGAGAGGGAGGAGAAGAUGAACAGACCGAAAAAGAAGCAGCAGAGGGAGAUGCAGAAAAAGGGGAAACAGAAGAGGCUGACAGAGUCCAAGCAGGAGAACCUGGAAAAAGUCCAGAGGGAAGUGAGGCAGUGGCUGGUGAGCCAUCAACCUCAGAGAGGCCUAAGUCAGCUACACCUGCAUCUGAGCAAGAAGAGGUGACAGCAGGUAGUGUGAUGGGUACAGAUGAUGCAGAGGGUACAGGGGGUGACGGAGAAGGAGAAACAGACGGAGGUGGAAGUGGGACAGUGGCAGAAACGGUCGGGAAAGAAGAGGAAGUUAUAAUGGAGCCGGACGCUGACCCCAGUGCUGACCUCAGUGAUGGCGAAUCUGACAGUUGUAUCAUCAAGGAACUCGACACUGAUGAUGUCAGCGAAAGCGAGCUUGAGUUUACUUCAGAGAGUAUCCGUGGCGCCGAGCUGCAUUCAGAGGUUAUUACUGAUGACAGUGAGAAAAGAAGUGAAAAGCUGAAAUAUAUGUCUCCCAAAACUCAUAAGACCUCAGGGAGAGGUUCAGGCACCCCCUCGCAGAAAGAGCACAAGCUGCAGAGAGAGAACCUGAAGCUUUCCUCAGAGAACCUGGAGCUCCGCUUUCAACUGGAACAGGCCAACAAGGACCUGCCCAGACUAAAGGACCAAGUUUCAGACCUCAAAGAGAUGUACAAUGUUCUGAAGAAGGAAAAGGCUGAGGUGGAGAAAAAACUGGGCCAUGUUCGUGGGGCGGGUCGCAGCGGUAAAACUGUGCCAGAGUUGGAAAAGACCAUCGAGCUGAUGAAGAGGGUGGUGGAGCGGGAGAACGAGACGCUGAAGAAAACUCCAGCAGCACUGAGUCAGGAACAGCUCACAACUCUGGAGCGCGAGCAUAAAAAACUAAAGAAUGACUACAAGAAGCUCAAAGGAAACACUGAAGCACUGCUGAGCUCCAGACUGGAGACCAAAUCCAAAGGAGUGGAGAAAAUUGUGAUGGAAAACAAACGUUUAUGCAAAGAGAUUAAAAGGAGUAAGAUGAAAGAGCUGGAGCGGGACAUCAUCCAGAAGAACUCCAGUCUCUCAGAGCUCAGGCUGCGGAUGCGAGAAGCCAGUGAGAAAGAGGAGAGAGCACAGCGAGUCACCAGCCAACUACAGGACCAGGUGGAGCUGUUGAAAAACUUUCCCACCUCAGCAAAGACGGAGUCGGGCCUCGCCAAAGAGUUUCAGUCAAUGAGAUUGACCAAUAAUCAUCUGGAGAGUGAGAAGACAGAGCUGGUACAGAAACUCAGGUAUGAGGAGCUGCAAACUAUGAUGAAGGCCACUGAUCAGGAAAAAAGGCAGUUGCAGGCCAAAGUGAAAAAGAUGAAGAAGGAGCUGGAGAACUUUGAGCCGACAUUCUUUGAAGAGAUCGAGGACCUUCAGUUUAAUUACAAUCUGGAGGUGAAGAAGAACAUUGUUCUGGAGGAGCAACUGAAGAAA